AUGGUUCGUCAUUUCCCUCCCUUCUUCCCCCCUCCCCCGCAGAUCCGUCUGAACAACGGUGUCCUGCAGCCCUCCGUGGGCUACGGGUGCGCGGGUCUGGGGGACCUCACCAGCCGCACCGUGCGGUGGGCGCUGGAGGCGGGGUACAGCCACCUGGAUAGCGCCCAGGUGGGGGAGGGGGAGGGGGAGGGGGAGGGGAGAUGGCGGGUUUCGGAGCUGCAGCACCGGCUGGUGACGUCCAAGUUACACCCACGCCAUCUGGGCUACCAGACCACGUUGCGGCAGUUCAAUGCGACAUUAAAAGACCUGCGCUCCCCCUACGUUGACCUGUUUUUGCUUCACUACUCGGAGUGUUGGGGGGACCUGUGCGGCGGGGUGCAGCCCGAGGGCACCUUCCUGGAUAGCUGGCGAGCUCUGGAGGAGGUGUACCAGGCGGGGCUGGUGCGGGCAAUAGGCGUCAGCAACUUUUCACCCGAGCAGCUCACUCGUCUGCUGACGUCAGCGCGUGUACGGCCCGCGGUACUGCAAGUCCACGUGGAUCCGCUGGGCCGCAAUGAGGCGCUGCAGGCGUUAUGUCGUCGAGAGGGCCUAACGUUGACCGCCUACACCUUGGCGGCGGCGGGAGGGUCGAGGGAGGGCAAUGGGAGCGAAGGAAAGGGGGAAGGAGGGAAUCUCGGGAGGAGUACGGCACAAGUGGCGUUGCGGUGGGCGCUGCAGCAGGGGCUGGUGGUGCUGCCGCGCUCGUCCAAUCAGGAGCGGAUACGGCAGAACCUCCAGUUGUACGACUGGGGCCUGACGGCGGAGCACAUGCGUCGUAUCGCGCAGUUGCGGCCUGGUAGUUAG